GAUCUUAGCUUUGAAUUCAUAGCAACUUGUAUACUUAAACAAAUGGACAAUAUUAAGAUUUCUGCUUUCUUUCGACUUUCGACUUUCGUCUUGCCCCUUUGCUAAUAAAAUAAUCAUCAGGAAUUAAAUCAAAUAAGCUUUACAUCACUAUAUAUCAAGAUGCUACAUCUCUAAAUUCUAUUCACUCCAUCAACAACGUAACAAUGUUUACCAAAAUAAAAUUUGAAUCCUUGUUAAUUUCUUUGUUCCUCUUAUUUUCCCUCUCCUCAGCCAAAACACCUCCGAGACCUCGAGCUUUUCUUCUUUCAGUAACCAAAGAUGCAUCCACUAAACAAUACCUCACUGCCCUCCCUCAAAGAACACCCCGUGUCCCGGUCAAACUUACUAUCGAUCUUGGUCAACGAUUUUUAUGGGUUGAUUGUGAAAAGGGUUAUGUUAGUUCAACCUAUAAACCUGUCCCUUGUGGUUCCGUCACUUGUAAACGCUCAUUAUCUGCUGCCUGUGUUGAAUCAUGUAUAGAUCCUCCUUCACCAGGGUGCAACAAUAACACUUGUUCACAUAUUCCUUAUAACCCCUUUAUUCGAACCAGCACUGGUGGUGAACUUGCUCAAGAUAUUGUUUCACUCCAAUCAACUGAUGGCAUGAAUCCGGGUAAAUUCGUAUCUGCAAAUGGAGUAGUUUUUGAUUGUGCUCCUAAUUCUCUUCUUGAAGGACUAGCAAAGAAUGUUAAAGGGAUUCUUGGACUUGGAAAUGGUUAUGUAGGAUUUCCUACACAAAUUGCUAACGCUUUUCGUGUAGCUCGAAAAUUUGCCAUUUGCUUAACUUCAUCUACAACUACUCGUGGUGUUGUCUUCUUUGGUGAUAGUCCUUAUGUUUUUCUUCCUGGAAUUGAUGUUUCUAAGAGACUUGUUUACACCCCACUUUUUAAAAACCCAGUUAGUACAUCAGGUUCGUAUUUUGAAGGGGAGCCUUCGACGGAUUAUUUUAUUGGAGUGACAUCUAUCAAAAUAAAUGGUAAUGUCAUUCCAAUAAAUACCACAUUGUUGACCAUAACCAAAGAUGGCAAAGGCGGAACAAAAAUCAGUACUGUUGAACCUUACACUAAGUUAGAGACUUCGAUUUACAAUGCAUUAACAAAGGCAUUUGUUAAAUCACUUGCUAAGGUUCCAAGGGUGAAACCUGUGGCUCCUUUUAAAGUGUGCUAUAAUAGAAGGAGCUUGGGAAGUACUCGUGUUGGUCCUGCUGUACCACCCAUUGAGCUAGUGUUGGGAAGCAAAAAUACUACCAAAUCUUGGACUAUUUGGGGUGUAAACUCUAUGGUGGCCGUGAAUAAUGAGGUGCUUUGUCUUGGAUUUGUGGACGGAGGAGUUGAGUUUGAACCCACAACUUCUCUAGUCAUUGGAGCGCAUCAAAUUGAAGACAACCUUUUGCAAUUUGACAUUGCUAAGAAAAGGUUGGGUUUUUCUUCUUCGCUCUUGUUUGGUCAAACAUCAUGUGCCAAUUUUAACUUUACAUCUAAAGCUUGAUGGUGGAAAAAAAAAAGUUUGUGCUUUUGUAAUUUUAGAUUCAAAUAAGUGUUUUUAAAAAAAAAAUUCCAAAAGAUGGACUUGAUCAAGAAUAAGGGGUCGUUUGGUAGAGUGUAUUGAAAAAAAUAAUGCAUGGAUUAGUUAAUGUCCUUUACUAGUACAUUGUUUGGUACAUUUUUUAGCCUAUGUAUAACUAAUUAGUUAUUCACUUUAUUAUGUAUUAACAAUACACACUAUUUUUCAUGUUUUAGUAAUGCAAAGACUCUACACAUACAUUAACUUGUUAAA